UAUGAAUUCUUUUGUUGUGUCAUGGUACCACUCAACUUCAUUGUUGAGCGUGUAGACUUUUUCAUAUUUCUACACGGGAGAAUCGGGUGAUAGUAGUGUGAUACCGUGAGACUGAAGAGAUGGCGUCGGUGGUGAAGAAUGCAUUGAAGGCGUUGCGGGAAAAGGGCGUCGGAAACUUUAUCAGGGAGCUCAGAGAAGAAGGCUACACGAAGUGCUUCUUUGAUGGAAAUCUCCUAAAAACCAAGCUUCACAACAUAGGGGCAACACUUGUUGGUGUUGAUAAGUUUGGUAACAAAUACUAUCAGAAGCUUGGAGACACUCAAUGUGGAAGACAUAGGUGGGUGGAAUAUGCACAAAAGGGUCGCUACAAUGCUUCACAAGUUCCACCAGAAUGGCAUGGCUGGCUCCAUUUUAUCACUGACCACACUGGAGAUGAGCUGCUAUUGCUGAAACCAAAACGGUAUGGGGUUGAGCACAAAGAGAACUUUUCUGGAGAGGGCGAUGAGUAUAUAUAUCAUUCCAAAGGGCACUCCCUAAACCGGGGGCAAAGAGACUGGACAAGAUACCAGCCCUGGCAGCCCACUAAGCCAUAAUUUUCCUUUCUGCGCCAAAGCACGAUUGCAAAAGAAGCUGGAAAUAUUUGCAACUCUGUUUUUUCAUUAAUAACAAAGCUCAUUGCUUUCGUGAAUUGUUGAAUUUGGUGCUAUUGGAAUUAUUAUCUGCGUGCAUCUUGACCGCAACGGAGUUGGAAUUAUGUUGGGUUUGUUGUUGUUGUUGUAUCCCUAAUCAAGAUAUUCUUGGAUUAUUAUGAAUUGAAUCUAUAGAACUCAUGCGUGUAUUCAAUGUGUUAUAUACUUGUUUGGAAAUGAAAACUGCAUGGAUCUGUUUUGACCUUAACAAGGCAAGGGUGAAUGAAUUUCAAGGUGAGAG